AUGGGAGCGGCAUUUCAAAUUAAGAUUGUUUUUAAAUUUGAAAUUCUGUUAGACAUUGUUUUUUGCUCAGGUGUUUGUUUUAUUUGGUGGUGUACAGCGUACGCUGGUUUUUCUGUCCAUCUUAUUUUCAGGUGUUUGUUUUGUUUGGUGGUGUUCAGUGUUUUUUCAAAUUUUUUGUUUGUUUUAGUGUUAAUUUUUGUGGCAGAGCGGAGGAAGAGACAGAACAGAGGAAGAGGCAGAGGUAGAGCAACCAAGGGCAAUUUCUUCUUCCAGGUACAAAAGGAAGGACGUUUUCUAGACAUUGGAUGUUGGAUGUGGUCAAAUGAAGGAAUAAGGAGCUGGUGGAUUAUAGAAAACUGGAUGCCCAUUUUCAUCAUUUCAAGGGUAGCAGUUUAAGGCAUGCAAAUUGCUUUCCGUCACUGUUUAUGUAUAGUUGUUGCCUGAAACAUUUUCAUUCUGAAAUUUAAGUAACAAUUGUACUAUUGUUUUGAAAUGAGCAGUGUAGGGGCACGGAGAGUUAAGAACGUAUGCAUCAUAUUUUGAAAUGAUUUCUGAAGUGUUUUAUAUCCAAUAUUUCAGAGU